AGUUAUGACUUAAAAUUGUAAAAAAUAAAAAUAUAUUUUACAAUGCAAGAAACAAAAAGAAUUAGCAGAUCUAUCUGUAAUGACAAUGUUCAACCAGAUUCAGAACUAUUGGCGUGGGAUAAAUGGAUUCAAAUACGAAAAGGAGAAACUAAAUAUUUAGCGAAAAAGCUAGGAAGACAACCAAGAGAUCUUGUUAUGAAUGUAGGUGAAAACGUACGUAAGGAAAGGGAACAAAAAAUUCUAUUAGAAAAUGCACAAAUACAAAAGAAAGUAACUAUAAGAAAUGAUGUAGUAUGGGAAGACCCAGCAAGACUAAAUCAAAAAUGCCGAUGUAGACCUGUUUACGAAGCUCAAAGAACUAAAGCUGAACUAGGUAAGCCUCUAGUCAUAGAACGUGUUGGGGUGCCUAAAAUUUUACAAGAAACUGAAAAAGGUCUGACUGGAAUUUCCAAAAAGAAGCCUUUCCUGAAGUUAGAUGCUGCUUAUGUACAAUAUAAGAAAAGACGCGAAAAGGAGCUGCAAAAUAAAAUAAAAAAGCUGAAUCCAUACCGACCUGAGGUUGACAAUUUAAUAUUAAUAGGAACCAAGCCAGGGUUUUUGAAAAAAGAUUUAUCUUCUGUGCCUGUGUUAAAGUUAGAAACUUCUAUUCCAUCUGAUAUUUGCGAAGAAAGCUCAGUAUAUGCAGUACAAAUUAAUGAAUCUAUUUAUUACAAAUGCUAUCAAGGUGUAGGCCUAAAACAUUUGGCAAACAUACAAAAACAAAUUACCUUACAAUCAUCUUGGACAUACUAUUUCAAUAUUACAGUAAAUAAAAUGGGCCGAGCUAAGUUGUUUCUUAAAAAUAUGGGCACUGUUUCACUGAGAUAUAGUUGGAAAAAAAUCGUUAGACCCAUUGAAUUUAUACCUAACACUAAUAACGAGCUCGUAUUCUUUUUUAAUAAAAGUGAUGAUAUUAUAUAUCCAGGAGAGGAAAAGCAUAUUUUGUUUACAUGUUUAUCAAAUAGAGCUGCUUUUUAUAAUGAAAGCUGGGAAAUGAAGUUUCGAAAUGUAUCUUUUUUGGAGUCACAGAAUGACAAAUUUGAAAUUAAAUUGAAUGCGGAUGUUACAGAAAAUUUAGAUUUGAUAAAAAGGAAGGUAAAUAAAAUAAAGAAUUCAAUAGAACAUCGGGCUGCUACGAUUAUGAUAAAACUUUUGAUUGAUGGUAUGGUUACAAAAGCAACAGACUUAGAGCAUCACAUUUAUCCGUAUAAAUAUUUAUUAUUAGAAGCCGAAAUGUUUGAAAUGAAAAAUCCCGAAUACUUUUACCACGAAACUAAAGUUGCAAAGCUAAAGCAACUUUAUAUUGAUAUGACUUCAAAUACAUGGGAGUUAUCGAUUAAGGACUGGAGAAGGGACAUGAUGAAAUUAGAAUACGAUAACAGAAUGAAGUACUACGAUUUGCUGAAACAAUCGUGUAAAGAGCUACUAAGACCCUGGAGGGAGAAUGAAGAUAUCCUACAACAGAAGUAUAAAGCAGUAAAAACUGUUCUAUAUAGAUUUGCUGAUAAAUUUGACGGAGAAUAUUACGACUUGAUUAAAGAAUACGAUCCCUCCAAUAUCGCAAAAAGGGGUGAAAUUAAUGCCACGUUUUCGUAUUUGAAAAAACAAAAACCGAAGGUUAAUGUAGAUAACGUAUAUCAUGUCCAUUAUAUUUUUAAUUUACGUAUGUAUGGCCACAUGUGCUCCAUGAUAGAGACGUGUGUUGGAAUAAUAAGCAGCAUCGAUCUAAAUAGACGGAUUAGCUUUGAUUUCUGCUCAGAAUAAAUCCAUUUUGCCGUU